AUGGGUUGUUCCUAAAGCUUAACAGCAGAUGAAGACCAAUCUGUUAUUCUUAUUAAACCAAAGAUUCUUAAAUUCAAGUCUCAUAAUUCCAAUAUGGAAUCUAUUUUAAAGAAAAAAUAUACUGACGGAAGUGGAUAGGCUUUUUACAUUAUCCCAACCGAAGGAGCUUCUUUAUCUAAAGUUCCAGUUUUAUAAGGCCCAGAUUCUAAUCAAAUUGUAAAGAGAAGACGAUAAUCUAAAUUAUCAAGUAGUCCAACAAAUACAGAGAAAGUGCAAACUUUGCCUAUGUCUUUUUGA